CACACACAAACAUUCUUCGAGCACAACGACGAUAAUAACAUACCAUCAUUAGGUAGGUACUUAGAUACUACUCGUACAAAUCAGUUAUUGUCGUCUACCGCGCGCGCUUUUUCCUUUAUAUAACCUACUACCCGACUGUCAACACCCGUUAAUUUCCUAUCGUCGCGUUAUCUCCGCUCAUCCGCUGUAGCUUUGCGACGUCCACGUGUGCCGAGUCCCAACGUUCUGACUUCACCUAAGCUGCGACUAUUCGGUGGCGACACUGCGUGUCAGGGUAAACCAGACGUAUAUUUUGUAUAAUACAGUUGCCGGUCGAGUAUUUUAAUUAUUAUUAUUUAUUGUAAUUGUUAUUUUUUACUAUUAUACGUUGUUGUUUCGUGCGUUUCCAUAUUAUGCAAUCGCAGGCCACAGCUCACGAAACGCGUGCCUAGCCGUCGAGUCGUAAUAAAGUGCGUUUUGAUAACGUCGCGUCGCUGUAAGGAACCGUUCAACAAGUACAGUUGCGUCGCGGUCACAGUAUACUUGCUACGGUCCUAUUCGCUCGUCUUGUCGCUUGCUCGCGUUGGAUUCCGACGGCGUAUAUCCGUCCAUUGUCUUGAUUCUUGACCGCCGUCGAAAUGUCGAGCUCGGCGAAACGCAUAUGUCUCGACGAGGACGAAGAAGCGAAACGUCAACGCAGUAGUUGGAUGGUCUUUCCGGGGGUCGAUGCAUUAAAACCAUACAAUAUUGUGUUUGAUUACGACAGAUUUGAAUAUGAACUAGCUGUUGGACUUGAUUUUGCACUUGCUAAAGCGCUAGAACCAGAAGAAAUUAUAGGAGCUUGUAAUUUUAAUGGGGAAAUAGUCUACUUUAUGAAGUGGAAGCGUGAAGAUCAAAUAAGUUACAUAUCAUCAGAACAUGCUUCAAAUUUGUAUACUGAAGCUACAAUAAAAUUUCAUGAGAAAUAUAAUAAUAUAUCCCAAAUAGUUACUACAAGUGUGUUGCCUCGCCAACAUGAUGGUAAUGUUGUACGUCGUAGGGUUGGGCGUCCUACGAAUGCUUCAAAAGGCUUAAAAAGAUCUUAUACACCAAAGUACAUAUCUAGAAGAAAAUAAAUAAUAUGAAUACGAUUUUUUUCAAUUUGAGAAUAAUAAGUAAUUGUUAUUAAAAUAUAUUAUAAAUUAUAAUUUUUUUUUUUUUUUAUUAUUCAUUUAAAUUAUUUAAUAAUGUUUAAUCUAUACCUGUUAAAAUAAUCAAAAUAAACUGAUAUUUGUACAUUUUUAUAUUA